AUAACAGUAACUUGACCUUCUUCCUGUACGGAAGGCUGUACCAUUCCCACGCCCAGGCAUUGUGUCUGUCCUACUUUACACACAUAAUAUUCCAGGAUAAUAUGUUCUCAGUCAGCCACAGGAAAAUUCCUCUCACUGUAUAAUAAAACUGCUGUUUAAAACGUGGCGUUCCCGGAAAGCCCCGUCCACCCCCGAAAGGUCUGUACCAACUUCACAUCCGGUGGUAGGUGUCAUGGCUGCCUGUAGAGCCUAGUCCGAGUCUGCCCCUGUGGUGGGGAGGGUCAGCCGCUCACACCCGAAGCCGAGUGGGGUAGAGCUGCGUCUGGGCUGCGGAGGCGACAACUUCAACGACUCCUCGGCCAUGGCAGCGUCCGGGAGUGGUAUGGCUCAGAAAACCUGGGAAUUGGCCAACAACAUGCAGGAAGCCCAGAGUAUCGAUGAAAUCUACAAAUACGACAGAAAACAGCAGCAAGAAAUCCUGGCGGCGAAGCCCUGGACUAAGGAUCACCAUUACUUUAAGUACUGCAAAAUCUCAGCAUUGGCUCUACUGAAAAUGGUGAUGCAUGCCAGAUCUGGAGGCAACUUGGAAGUAAUGGGCUUGAUGCUGGGAAAGGUGGAUGGUGAAACCAUGAUCAUUAUGGACAGUUUUGCUUUGCCUGUAGAGGGCACUGAAACCCGAGUAAAUGCUCAGGCUGCUGCAUAUGAGUACAUGGCUGCAUAUAUAGAAAACGCCAAACAGGUUGGCCGCCUUGAAAAUGCAAUUGGCUGGUAUCAUAGCCAUCCUGGCUAUGGUUGCUGGCUUUCUGGGAUUGAUGUUAGUACUCAGAUGCUCAAUCAGCAGUUCCAGGAACCAUUCGUAGCAGUGGUAAUUGAUCCAACAAGAACAAUAUCUGCAGGUAAAGUCAAUCUUGGAGCCUUUAGGACAUACCCAAAGGGCUAUAAACCUCCUGAUGAAGGACCUUCUGAGUACCAGACUAUUCCACUUAAUAAAAUAGAAGACUUUGGUGUACACUGCAAACAAUACUAUGCCUUAGAAGUAUCAUAUUUCAAAUCUUCCUUGGAUCGCAAAUUACUUGAACUUUUAUGGAAUAAAUACUGGGUGAAUACGCUGAGUUCCUCUAGCUUGCUUACUAACGCAGAUUAUACCACUGGUCAGGUCUUUGAUUUGUCCGAAAAGUUAGAGCAAUCAGAAGCACAGCUGGGGCGAGGAAGUUUCAUGUUGGGUUUAGAAACACAUGACCGAAAAUCAGAAGACAAACUUGCCAAAGCUACACGAGACAGCUGUAAAACUACCAUAGAAGCCAUCCAUGGAUUGAUGUCUCAGGUUAUUAAGGAUAAACUGUUUAAUCAAAUUAAUAUCUCUUAAAUAAUCAUUUCAUACUGAAAACUAGCAUGAGAAAAACACCCAAGUUACAAGUCUGUUUAAAAGUGUAAGGUGCUCUGAAGUGUACUGAAUAUUAACUUCCUGUAAUAAAACUCUUUAAAAUGAAA